AGUCUAAUAUCGCAUUGCCGCGUUUGUACAAAGAUUUCGAAAGCGUUAGUUGACUAUGAAUUUAGAGCUUUCUAAAGUUUUCUAUUCGUUAGCCAAUCAAACCUUUGUGCAAAAAAACGCACCAAUGCAGUUUGGCUUUAACUUUUGAAAUGGCGAGAGAAGCUCGACUGCGCGAAUGGCGGCGUUCUCGUCUUUGUUUUGGGUAGCCGUGGUGUGUUCGGUGUGUGUCUGUGCGCGAAUUCAACAGAUAUUCGAUGUGGCGUUUGCAUCCGGGAGGUUAUGGGAUUGAUGUUUCGGGGUGUGGCAUCGUUUCGUUAUUCGACUGGUCCGCGAAAUGUUUGCGAGAUUGUAAAAUGCAGUAGCAACAUAAACGUCGCGUUAAAACGUUAGGUCCGAAAUAUGUCGCGAUAAUUGGUGACAAUUACGAAGGAUUCGCCCGGGAAGGAUUCUUCGUGCGUAUUUUUUUCUUGUGUUUUCUUUUUUUUUUUUUUUUUUGGUUUUUGCCGUGAGAUCUGUUUGUGACACUCUUUUGUCGUGAUUAAGACAACAAGAAGAGAAAUCUCAAGACGCAAAGCGAAAGUGAUAUGUUCGCAAAACUUUCAAAUCGAUCCGCGCGUUAACGCGCGACGUUGUUCUUGAUAAUUCACGCGUAGUUAUAUCGUAGUUGUCAAGCUGCACGACGACGAGGCAAAUUGUGGUCCAUGAAAUCACGUGUAAUAAACACAACGUGGGAUGUUGAGCGCAACCGCCCUCAUUCAGCCCCACGAAUACACCGAGAUGUCUCGGUUAGCCGACUAUUUUGUUGUAGUCGGCUACGAUCACGAGAAAGAAAGAGGUGGUGUAAGUAAUGGAGUUAUAUUACAACGAUUUCCUGAAAAAGAUUGGCCUGAUACACCUUUUAUUGAAGGAAUAGAAUGGUUUUGUCAACCGCAAGGAUGGGCCUUGUCAACAGAGAGACAAGAGCCACGUUUUUUUGUUUCGAUAUUAACGGAUAUUGAUGCAAAUCGACAUUAUUGCGCCUGUAUGUGCUUCAAUGAAACUGUAUCGAUUACACCGAGCAAACAUGUGGACGAGGAAGAGGAUCCUGUAGAUGGUGAUAGUAGUCGGUCGCUAGUCAGGCCAUUACCUGCCAUUGCACAUCACAGCAUUAUGUAUGCACCCAAAUGUCUGGUGCUGGUUUCCAGACUUGAUUAUAUAGAAACAUUUAGAAAUUGUCUUGGAAUUAUUUACACAGUAUAUGUGGAGAAUGUUGGAAUACCCUUAGAGACAUUAGUUGGAAACAUAUUAGGAUGUAUUCAAGUACCUCCAGCUGGUGGACCGCAAGUGCGAUUCAGCAUCGGGGCGGGAGAUCGUCAGGCGCUUCAGCCACCAAUUAGUCCUUCUCUUCCUAUUACUCAUACUAGUGUAAACUUAUUAUUUCAGCAACUAGGUAUUCGUAAUGUGCUAGUGUUAUUUUGCGCAGUCAUGACAGAACACAAGAUACUUUUUCACUCCGCCAGUUAUUCCCGACUGACUGAAGGAUGUCGCGCUCUGACGGCAUUGAUGUAUCCAUUCAGAUACUCGCACGUUUACAUUCCUCUUUUGCCAGCGGCUUUAGUCGAAAUACUCAGCACUCCAACUCCAUUUAUUAUGGGUGUGCACAGUUCCUUGAAGCACGAAGUUGCGGAACUUAUGGAUGUAAUAGUCGCUGAUCUUGAUGGAGGCUCUAUAACGGUUCCAGAUGGUGUUUCGCUCGCUUUGCUGCCGGAACCGUUACUCUCACAAACGCAGGAUGCAUUGUCCUUGGUAUUGCAGCCAGAAUUAGCGUGCGCAGAUUACGCUUUUCCUCCGCUUGCUACCAGGGCACCACAUUCGCCUAUGCUCGACAAAGAACUUAGAGCUGUGUUUAUGAGAACGUUUGCUCAAUUGUUACAAGGAUAUCGUAGCUGUUUGACACUAAUACGAAUACAUCCGAAACCAGUUAUAACCUUCCAUAAAGCGGCGUUUUUAGGAGAAAGAGGUUUGACGGGUUGUGAUUUCACCACGCGAGUCUUGGAUUGUAUGUUUUUUACGUCUUUUAUUGCGGAACGAGGACCGCCGUGGAGGCCUUGCGACGUAUGGGAUGAGCUGUACAGUACUCUGAGCGAUCAGUUGAAGCAGGAGGCUCAGGAUCAUCGAGUUAUCUUGACACAUAUCCAAGAAUUGGCGCAACAAUUAUAUUUAAACGAAAAUCCAAAUCCGCAACCGUAUGUGCAGAAGAUCUUAAAGCCACCCGAGGGCGCAUUCGCGAGAAUUCAUCAGCCUCUCUUGCCACGUAUCAAUCCUGAACAAGUUCAAGCGAUCAUCGACGAAGGCCUCGCAAAAAAUAAUCUCAAAGUACGACUGUCUUCCUUACGGCCGAUUCAGCCUCGUAUCGUGCCAAUGGGUCCGCACAUCUCGUUCGUUCAUGAUACUAGACACCUGGUCAGCAACUCCGCUCGUAGACUCGAAGUAUUACGUAAUUGCAUCAAUUGUAUAUUCGAGAAUAAAAUUUCAGAUGCUCGCAAAACGUUUCCGGCCGUCUUGCGAGCUUUGAAGAGCAAGGCCGCUCGUUUAGCACUUUGCAUGGAACUUUCUCAACAUGUAGUUGGAAAUAAAGCCAUGUUGGAGCAUCAGCAAUUUGAUUUGGUCGUACGUUUGAUGAACUGCGCGUUGCAAGAUGACUCUUCGAUGGACGAGCACGGAGUCGCUGCCGCGUUGCUUCCACUUGCCACCGCGUUCUGCAGGAAACUGUGCACCGGCGUUAUCCAAUUUGCCUACACCUGCAUUCAGGAGCAUUCGGUAUGGCAGAAUCAACAAUUCUGGGAAGACGCGUUCUAUUUAGACGUGCAAAAAGAUAUUAAACGCCUGUAUCUGCCGGGCGACAAUUCGCCACCGAAGCUUAUAAACGAUUCCAUUCUGAGUCCUAUUAGUCCCCGAGACGGCAAGGAAUUUCCAUAUCGUGAUCGAUAUUCCAUAUAUCAGGUUCAAGAACCCUCAGCGCUAGAAAUAGCUGCAGAUCAAAUGCGUAUCUGGCCUUCCAUCAAUCCCGAGAAGCAGAAGGAACUUGUAAACAGCGAGGAAAGCACCAUGUACAGCCAGGCCAUUCAUUACGCCAAUCGAAUGGUAUAUCUGUUAGUGCCGCUGGAUAUUGGCUCGAAGACGCAUCGUCAAGAUCACGUUUACGACGAAGAACGUGCUAGCAACAGCAUCACAAACAGCGUGGCGAGUGACAGCGGAGAUGCCGAAUCUGGAUUCGAGGAGACCGAUCCGGGUGAAACCGGCAGUGCCGUCAUUCGAAUGGUAUCGCGAUUCGUCGAUCGUGUCUGCAAUGAGGGUGGCGUUAGCGCCGAACACGUGCGCUGUCUGCACCAGAUGGUCCCAGGCGUUGUUCACAUGCAUAUCGAGACGCUCGAGGCGGUCCAUAGAGAAAGCAAGAGACUACCGCCGAUACAGAAGCCAAAGAUUCUGACGCCUAAUAUGCUGCCCGGCGAGGAAGUAAUAAUGGACGGUUUGCGCGUUUACCUGCUGCCCGAUGGCCGGGAAGAAGGCUCUGCGGGACUCCCCAAGAUACCGCCUCUCUUACCAGCUGAAGGUGCGAUCUUCCUUACGAAUUACAGAAUAGUAUUCAAAGGUAUACCGUGCGAUCCGUUCGCCUGCGAACAACUGGUUGUUCGUGCUUUUCCCGUGACGUCCUUGACGAAGGAGAAACGUGUUGCUGUGCAACAUUUGGCACAUCUGGACCAGUGUCUUCAAGAGGGCCUGCAAUUGCGCUCCUGCACGUUUCAAUUGAUCAAACUGGCCUUCGACGAAGAGGUCACGCCCGAAAAUAUCGAUACCUUAAGGAAAUUGGUGCACAAAGCACGAUAUCCGCCACAUAUUUUCCACCAUUUUGCAUUUAACGGUCAAAUCCUGGUUACGCAGACAGCGCAUCACAAAGGCAAGGAGAAAAAUGCGACUUUGAAAGGCUUUGCGAAGAAGACACUGCUGAAGACUGCGCGAAAGGCUGGUUUCAAGCCGAAACAAUCGUCCAAGCGGCAAAAAUAUGUAUUGCCAAAUAUGAAUCUCAUUAACAGCAAUAAGUACAUGACGUCACCUGGCCGGAUGAGUCUACCGAUGACCGAUAGCAACGAUCUUAGUCAUGACGAUGAUCUCAGCGUGGACGAUUUUGAGAUCCCCAGCAUGAUAACGCAGGCGCCACCUACUGAUGCCAAAACUCUGGAACGAUUAUCCGAGCGUAGCUACGUUAGAGAUUGGUACCGAUUAGGGCUUUAUACGAACGGGCCGCAUAACAAUCGUCGUAACGAACCGUUUCGAUUAACUUCGGUAAACUGCGCCUACAUGAUGUGCCGGAGUUAUCCCGCACUUCUAAUCGUACCUACUUCAGUAUCGGACGAAAGUAUUCGGCGAUUUUGUCGACUUCACCGGCACAGCAGGAUGCCGGUUGUCACCUGGAGACAUCCGCGAACAAAAGCGUUGUUGAUCAGAGGAGCGGGUUACCACGGAAAAGGUGUGAUAGGGAUGUUGAAAGCUCAUCCGACCUCUGCUAGUAAUCUGAAGACAACAUCGUCGGAGACCACUUCUUCUUUGGAGCACGAAAAAUAUAUGAUGGCGCUUGUCGCUGCGACGCCGCUGUCCGUAUUACGACAAGGCUCUGCCUGGGGAAUGUCCGACAGCUCUCUAAGCAUAGAUUCGUUACUACUGGCAGCGGAAGAUCGUAACGCUACGCCCGAACAGUCACGUCGCAAUUUGUUUAAUAAACCUUUGAGCACUCUGAGCUCGUCGGGCAGUAAAGGUCCUAAGAACUUCGGUCGAUGGGGAUCUUUAAAGGACAAGAGACACAAUUCACAAGCUUCUUUAACCUCCGUUCAUCAUCAGCGCGGAACCGUAAGACAUUCCGCGGAUUCUGACAGCGGCACAGAAUGCGUGCACACAUUCCAGCGCGCAGCUCUUUACAUUCUGGGCGAAAAAGCGCACAUGAAAGGCGUGAAGACAGAAUCCACUCCCAAGACGGACUUUAUCCCAGUAGAGUACUAUGACGUGAGACAUACGAAAGCGGCGUUUAAAAAGCUGAUGCGAGCGUGUGUGCCAAGUUCACCAAACAUGGAACCCGAUCAAAGCUUCUACAGGCUUAUUGAGAGCUCGGAAUGGUUGCAACAGCUACAGAACUUGAUGCAGUUAGCUGGAGCGGUAAUCGAUCUUAUGGACAUGCAAGGUUCGUCGGUGGCUGUGUGUCUGGAAGACGGUUGGGACACUACGACCACCGUUUGUUCUGUGGCGCAGGUGUGCCUCGAUCCUCAUUAUCGAACAAUCGAUGGCUUCAGAACAUUAAUUGAGAAAGAGUGGUUGGGAUUCGGUCACAGAUUUGGUCACAGAAGUAAUCUUGCCGCAAAUUCGCAGACAACCAAUUUCACGCCUACAUUUCUGCAAUUUCUCGACAUAGUUCAUCAAAUACAAAAUCAAUUUCCUUUGGCAUUCGAGUUCAACGAAUACUAUCUCAAAUUUCUGGCUUAUCACUCAGUGUCCUGUCGUUUUCGCACGUUCUUGUUGGACUGUGAAUUUGAUCGAGUGGAAUGUGGUAUUACCGCAAUCGAGGAUAAACGAGGAUCUCUGACGAGUCAUCACAAAGGUGUGGAUACUGGUAGUGACGACGAAACAAUUUAUCCUGGCGGUAGACUAGCGGGAACGAAUACCGGUUGCAAUCUCGGGCAAAGUAUAUUCGAUUACAUCGAAAAACAGCACGCGAGAUGCCCGUUGUUUUACAAUUUUAUGUACACGCCUAACACGGAGAAUCCUGUUUUGCGACCAGUAUCGCAUCUGCCGAGCCUUGAUAUAUGGCAGUUCUAUUUAGAAGAGGAAUUGGCACAUGGUCCGGCGUAUGAUUUGGAGGUAUUACAACAAGACUCCCAGCAAGAGGAAGAGGCCGAAGCUGCGGACGGUGUAGUAAAGAGCAACCGUAAAGUCGUAACUCAAGGAUACGACGGUGUCAGCACAAUGAUUCCCGAUCAGUUCUCGCAUCUUUUGGAAGAAAUUCAUAAGCUAGAGACCGAAUUGGGUCAUUUGCCACAAAAAUGGAAAGUACUUUGGGACAAACUCGAGCUACCGAACACCGACUCACUUGCUCGUCAUGCGUCAUUUAGUACGGCACUCGUGCGAAACCACGGUCGAUUGAUUCACAAACGGUCUACUCUGGAACUGUUAUUACGCGGCAAACUGGCUGGUGGAAACACUACUGGAAACGAAGGUUCUGUUUACGCACAUCCACACAGAUUCGAACGACUGGAUUCCGCGACGCCGACUCACUGCGACGCAUGUUCCGGAGUGUUAUGGGGUCCCGUAAAAGCCGGCUUAAGAUGUAUCGACUGCGGACACGUGUGCCAUGACAAAUGUGCGGACGCAGUGCCAAAAAAUUGCACAAAAUACAAGGCUGUGACAGAUAAUCUUCAAACUCACACACUUACAAGAAGUGGCGGCGAUAACGGAAGCGUAAAUUCGAGUGUAACGACUAUACAAACUUCUUCUCAGCAAUAUUACGAACAAUUUUCAAGUAACGUGGCGGAAAAUAGAACGCACGAAGGUUAUCUUUAUAAAAGAGGAGCUCUAUUGAAGGGUUGGAAACAGAGAUGGUUCGUAUUAGAUUCCAUAAAGCAUCAAUUGAGAUAUUAUGAUGCAGUGGAAGACUCGCACUGUAAAGGAUACAUAGAUUUGGCUGAGGUAGUAUCUGUUACUCCAGCUGCACCAAUGCCCGGACCACCAAAGAAAACAGAUGAUAAAUCCUUUUUUGAUCUUCGUACAAACAGACGGACGUAUAACUUUUGCGCUGCUGAUGCAGUCACGGCGCAGGAAUGGAUUGAAAAAGUUCAAGCGUGCUUACAAUAAAGUAUCUACAGUUUUUUCCUCUUUCUCUUUCUCUGUGUAUAUGCGUGCGUGGGUGGUACAAGCGUGUGUAUGUGCGUGUGCGUGCGUAUAAACGCGUCGCGACUACUUAGGUCUAAUUUAAAUUUUCUAGAUGUGACUGAUAUAGAGAGUAAAAUACAUUUUAAUUUUGUUACAUAAUCUGUAUAGUCUAAUUACAUCGCUUUAUAUAGACUGCAGUAAUCCUGCUUUAAGAAUUUUAAAACGUAUAUGAACUUCUGUUGGACUGAAAAUAUAGUAUCAUAAAUAUUGUGAUACAUCUCGGUAUAUCUUCGAUGUAGGAUUAGUAUUAUGAAUUAUAAAUGUACAUUGUGAUUAUGCCUCGUUAUGUUAAAUUUGUAUUCUCAUUUAAAAAAAGUUAUAUAAAUAUAUCGCGCCUGAAAACUUUU